UCGCCCCGCCAUCCUCAGCCGCCCUGCUCACCCUGCAGGCCGCGCCUGCCCUCCGCUCCUGCACCCCGCAGCUGUCGGUGCCUCCACAGUGCCCAGGCGACAACAUGUUGGGCAUGAUCAGGAACUCCCUGUUCGGGAGCGUAGAGACAUGGCCUUGGCAGGUGCUGAGCAAAGGGGACAAGAAAGACAUCUCCUAUGAAGAAAGAGCCUGUGAAGGGGGGAAGUUCGCCACAGUGGAAGUGACGGACAAGCCUGUGGACGAGGCUCUCCGGGAAGCAAUGCCCAAAGUCAUGAAGUAUGUGGGAGGCACCAAUGACAAAGGAAUCGGGAUGGGGUUGACAGUCCCUAUUUCCUUUGCUGUGUUCCCCAGUGAAGAUGGCUCCCUACAGAAGAAACUGAAAGUCUGGUUCCGGAUUCCAAACCAGUUUCAGAGCAACCCACCCUCCCCCAGUGAUGAGAGCAUCAGGAUCGAGGAGCGGGAAAGCAUCACCGUCUAUUCCACGCAAUUUGGCGGUUAUGCCAAGGAAGCAGAUUACGUGGCACACGCCUCCCAACUGCGUGCCGCCCUCGAGGGCACAGCCACCUACCGGAGCGACAUCUACUUCUGCACUGGCUAUGACCCUCCCAUGAAGCCCUACGGACGUCGUAAUGAGGUCUGGCUUGUGAAGACAUGAGUGGUUCAUGCAGCUUGGAACUUGCUGGAAGCUUCUGGGUGUUUCCUUACCCUGGGGUGGGGAAAAGAGUGGGAGAUGCUUCCCAAAUUCAAGCCAA